CGUCCUCGCAUCACAUCCUGGUGAGCUCCGUCAGUUUUGAUCUGAGAAGAUCUGCAAGGCAUCAGUCAAGCUCUUUCAUCCAGUUUUGCGCGCAUAGACACGCCCAAACGUCCCAACAUGGCCACUUCAGAAGGCACAAAGCCAAAGACUGGCAUAAAAGUCAUCAUCAUAGGCGCAGGCUUCGGUGGCCUCACUGCAGCGAUAGAAUGUAUCCGACAAGGCCACACGCCCAUAAUCUACGAAUCCUUUCCCUCGCUCAAAAUCCUCGGCGACAUUAUCUCUUUCGGACCCAAUGCGGGACGCAUAUUCGCACGUUGGUCUAACGGCUCUGUCGCGAAAAAGAUGCGCGACAUCUCAAUUGACUUAACAACAUACGGUUUCAAUAUCCACAAGUAUGAUACUGGCGAAGUUGUGAUCAACCAGAAAACGCCACCACGCGACGAGACUGCCCCAAACUUCAACGGGCAUAGGGGAGAACUCCACGAGAUUGUGUUCGAGUACGCGAAAGAAAUUGGCGUAGAGAUAAACUUGGGGCAAAGGGUGGAGAAGUACUGGGAGGAUGAGCGCGCCGCAGGAAUUGCGCUGGAAGAUGGAACGAAGGUCGAAGGUGACCUCGUAGUGGCAAGUGAUGGCGUUAGAAGUAAGGCGAGAACACUAGUGUUGGGGUAUGAGGAUAAACCGAAGAGUAGUGGAUAUGCUGUGUGGAGAGCAUGGUUCAGUAAUAAGGACAUGAUCGCCGACCCCGAAACGAAGCACUUCUGCGAAAAUGGGGAUUCGUUCAACGGAUGGAUUGGCCCAGACGUCCACUUCCUUUUCAGCACUAUCAAGAAUGGCACGGACUGCUGUUGGGUGCUCACGCACCGAGACGAACACGACAUCGAAGAAUCAUGGUCUUUCCCCGGCUAUCUCAAAGACGUGAAGAAAGUACUGGAAGGUUGGGAUCCCAUGUGCUGGAAGAUCGUGUCAAAGACGCCCGAAGAAAAGCUCGUUGACUGGAAAUUGGUCUAUCGGGACCCCCUACCCAACUGGGUCAGUGGAUACGGCUCAGCGCCAGGCCACGGCCGCAUCUGCCUCCUCGGAGACGCAGCUCAUCCUUUCCUACCAACAAGUGCACAGGGCGCUACGCAGGCUUUGGAAGACGGCGUCACACUUGCUGUUCUGCUGCGGAAAGCUGGGAACGACAAUAUACGGGGCGCCUUGAGGGCGUUUCAAGAUAUCAGAUAUGACCGCGUGAAGGCGGUGCAGAAAACGGGUGAAACGACGCGCGAUAUGUGGCACAAGACCGACUGGGAGAAAGUGAAGGAGGAUCCUACUCUUAUCCAGUUUCCGAGGGAGGAUUGGAUCUUUGGGUUUGAUGCAGAAGCCCAUGCGGAGGAGGCUAGUGCUGAGGCAAUCAAGAAGGCUUCGGCAUCGGUUGCCGCUGCAUGAUGCGGUGUUGCAUAGUUGCAGGAAGGAAGAAUACACAUAUACAGAAACCU